AUGCUGGGCUCAGGCAGGCCGCACAGCCGGGAGUCGAGGCCGCACCGGGAGCCGCCGCCGCCCCCCCAGUCCCUCCUGGACCCCCACGUCAGGACCAUCAACAUGAGCCGGGGGCCGCCUGACUCCGGCCACGGCUUCGGCAUCUGUGUCAAGGGAGGAACCAGGGAGUCGGGUAACCAAUCGCCAAAGGGAGUGUAUAUAUCCCGAGUAGAAGAGGGGAGUGUUGCUGAAAGAGCUGGAUUAAGGCCAGGUGAUACCAUUCUUCAAGUCAAUGGUACUCCAUUUACCAACAUAUCCCAUGAAGAUGCUUUAAAAGUACUGAAAUCUUGUAGAGAAUUGAGCAUUACUGUUAGGAGUACUGUCCCUUUUGUACAGCCCCCUCCACCACCUCCACCACCACCUGUGAUUCAACCCCCUCUUCAAACCUACUAUACCUGGGUAGAUAGGAAAGGAAGGCCUGUUUCUCCGCCACCGAGAUUCAGGCAGUACCAUAGGGAUAAACUAAGGAAAGUUGAAAUAAUCGUUGAGCCAGGUCAAAGUUUAGGGCUCAUGAUCAGAGGUGGAAUAGAAUAUAAUCUUGGAAUCUUUGUCACUGGAGUUGAUAAAGAUUCUGUUGCAGAAAGAGCAGGUCUACUGAUUGGUGAUCAAAUUUUGGAAGUGAAUGGUCAGUCUUUCCUAGAGGUUACCCAUGAUGAAGCUGUCUCACAGCUUAAAUCUCAUAAAAGAAUGAUUAUAAAAGUCUGUGAUGUUGGUAAAAUUCCUCACUCUUGUUCAACACUUGACAUGCAUUGGGCCGAUACACCACACAGAUGUUGUGUUGCUGCCCUUCAAAUGGUCGAUGAGAAAGCGAGGAUAGUUCUGAACAAGAAUGAAUUCAAUACCUUAACAUAUUAUCUUGAAGAGUACUCAGCUAAGCAAAUGACAAUUGAAGCAUUUGUAGCUGUUCUUCUUGAGCUUCUCAAUACUCCUGACAAGCUUGAUUACGAUGGGUGGAGGGUUAACAGCGAGGAUGUGAGAACGCCCUCAGAAGACUCUGGACUGGGUUUAGGCCCUUUAGACACUACUAACGGCCGUUCCAUUAGGAACAAUGAACGUGUGUCACCGAGUUUCAAAUCUUCUACACAACACAUCAACGACAAGCAACAGGAUCUCGGUUCAUCACAGGGUCAUAACAACAACUAUGAUGCCAAUAUGGAUUUUGGUAGAUCAAAUGAAGACUCGGCAAAUUCUCAAGAAUCGAGGGAAGAGUCAAGUAUGUCACAUAUGCCGAAUACUCCUCAACAAGCUCAGGUUAUUCCAGACGAAGCAGGUAACUUGAGAAUAAUUGUAAGGAAAACGAAACCUCUUCUUGGAAUUGCCAUUGAAGGUGGAGCUAAUACUAGGCACCCACUACCACGUAUAAUUAAUAUUAAUGAAAAUGGUGCAGCAUAUGAUGCUGGAGGUCUUCAAGUGGGCCAGUUAAUUCUUGAAGUUGAUGGGCAGAAAGUAGAAGGUAUGCACCAUCAAGAAGUUGCAAGACUUAUUGCAGAAUCGUUUGCUCAACGAGAAAAACAGCACAUUGAGUUCCUUGUAGUCGAAGCAAAAAAAUCUAACCUGGAGCCAAAACCAACCGCUCUAAUCUUCCUAGAGGCAUGAAACACCUCAAUUAUCAUAACAAUUCAGUGGCCUUUUUUUUAUUUUUCAACUUAUUGUUUAUUUUCUACUGUGUUUGUAUCGACACCAAGUUCAAAAAAAUAAAAAUAAAAAAAAUAAGUUUGUUAUUGAUUAAGAAGGUAUAUAGUUGUUACAGAAUAUAUUUUUAAAAAGAAUGCUUUUUGAAUGAAAUGUAUGUUAAUUAUCAGAACUUUGUUAGGAAUAUUAGUCAUGAAAACACCAUUGUUUAUAUCAGAUGUUCUAUAUUUAUUGGAAUGCUAUGUAAAAAAAUAACGGACAAAGGGAGGUUGUAAAGGCUACAAAUAAUAACGGCUAAUCAAUUAAAAAUGCAUUUAAAUUAAGUAAAUAGAACCAAUAAAUGGUGUUUCCAUCACUUAAAAACAUAAAAUUGAAAGGGUUAUAAAAACUUUUAAAACAACAUUAGGAUUAAAUUAUUUGUAAUUAAUGAAAAAUUAUAAAUGUUGUUUUUAAUAAAAGAAAAUAUGAACUUAACACUAAUUUUUUAUUUAUUUCAAGUUAGGGAAUUCAGAACUGUUUUCAUGUAAUGGGCAAGUUUAGGUCUAUGGUUACUCAACUAAAAAACGCUUGUAUAAUUUAAUAUAGAACUAUUUUGCUUUAUUAUUGUCAUAAUAUACUGAUGAUACCAUUCAACCAAACCUGGUUUAAGCUUUGUUAACAACAAUAAUUUUAUCAUUAUUUCCAAACCACAUAACUUAAAAGAUUAACCGACAAGUAAUUUAUUAGAAAUUAAAAUAUAGGUUUUGGAACUAAACAUAUUUUAAACUUUUACUGUUUAGUUCUUAGUAAAAAUUUAUUAAAAAUAAAAAUUGAUAAACAAGAUACUUAAACUUGCCACAAAGCAUUGUUUUCAAUUUUAAUGAUAAUUUUGUUAAUAAAUUCAAAUAGUUUGAAACUGCAGGGUUAUAGUGAGAAUGAAGGAUAUUAAAUGUAGGCUAAAAAGUUUGUUGAAACUAUAAGCGAAACUUAAAAUGUUGAUGAUUUAAGGUAUAUUAAUUAUUAUUUGUUUUCUACAAAACAGCAUAUCAUUGCCUUAUUGCCUCUGUAAACAAUCUCUGAAAAGUUGUCCAGUAGCCUUUGAGCUUCAGCCAAAUAUUUUAAUAAUAUGUAAAAAAAAAUAUAUAUAUGUAUCAGGGAGUAAAGUACAAGAGGCUAUCCCUAAGCUAUGAGACAUUGAAGUCUUGCAAGACCAUUGGGUAUAUUUUGCAUAUCUAUAGGGCCUUUAUGUAUAAAUUCAGACGCUUUCAACAUGGUAAAUGCCAAAUUAAUUAUCUGUUGGCCAUAACUGUUCAAGCAUGCCAACGGACCUCACCAUGCAUUAAUAUAAUAUAUUUUCGUAAUGCAAAUUUUCUGAUAAUGUUUUAAAAAAAUAUUGAGUUUUCGUUGUACUAAUUUUAUGUGUAUUAAAACUAAAAAUAAUUUUUAAUACAUAUAAUUAUCGUACUGGUCUAUUUAAUAUACCUCAAAUAACAAAUUCUUUAAGAUCUUCCCUCAUAAAUGUAGGGGAAACCCUUCGCUGAAGGCAUAAAAUAUAGAAUAACUAGAUACGUAAGACACAUGAAAUAGAUAAUGUUUGUAAUGCUUCACUAAUGAUUUAGGUGGGGCAGUUAAUUGUUUCAGCAAAAAACUAAUUUUGUGCCAAACAUUGAUACAUGUUGAAUUAUAUUAUAAUAUAAAUAUAUAUUUUUAAAGAUGAAAGACCUAUUAUACAAGAUAUGAUUUUGUUAUGAAUAAAGUUUACAUAGCCAAAGCAAUGUAUGGAUUGAGCUUGUGGAUAUAACUGUUGAAAAUACACGCUUUAUAUGUAAAAAAAAAUAAAUAAAUAUCCAUCAAUACCUCUCCUCAGAACCAGACCCAUACACAAAAACAAAAGUAGGCUGAUAUUAAAUCACUUGUUUGGUACAAAUAUUUAUUCUCAUCUACAAAAUAUAGAUUUUUUAAGUACUCUUUAAUUUAAAGCUCAUCUUUUUUACUUUGUUCACAAACACAUCCUUUUGUGCUUUUUUGUGGUAUGUAUUCCAUUCCAUUCCUAACAGUGACAGGACUUUCAAGCUUUUUGCUCCAUUCCUAAAAAUGAAAUUGUAAUU